AUGUCCGCUCUUGGUGUUGCUGGUGUAAUGAAAGCAAAAGUUAAAUUAGGACUAGGAUUGAAACCUAAAAAUUAUAAGAUGUCGAUAAAAAAUUGUAAUAAGGAAUUGAAUAAAGUGAAAAAAGUUUUAGAAAAAGUAACAGAUGGUAUAAAUUAUUGUAUUACAAUUUUACAAGGAAAUCCAAUCACUACUAAUUCGGAAACAUCAAAUAAAAAACGGUUACAACAUAAAGCUAGUGUUAAAAAACAACAAGACAGUAAAGUAAGAGCACGAAAAAUUAAACAACAAGAAAAGAUGGAUAUUGAUAUUGCUGAUGAUUAUCCAAUGACAAAAAUAUCUAUUCCUUUAGAAAUAAAAGAGAGUGAACAUUUAAACCCAAAACGACAAAAACCUAUAAAGAGAAAACUAAGUGACAGUAUUAUGGAUAAUGAUGACGACGAUGAUGGUUUAUCGUUGAAAAAACCCAAAAUAGAUUUAAAUGAACCUAUUAAAAUAACUAACAACAAAAAACGUAAAUUUGAAGAGAGUAGUAUCAACGAAGAAAAUGAGGAAGAAGCAGACUAUCAGAUUGGUUUAAUUGAUUUCUUUACAUACAAUACAAUUCCAAAUGUUGAUAAAACAAAUAAUAUGUUCUAUAUAGAUAAACAUGAAAUUAGUAUACCUGAAGGUUCAUAUGAAGUAGAUGACAUAGCGAGAUAUAUACAUUUUAAAUUAAAAGAAAUCGAGUAUCAUAAGGAAUCCUCAUCGAGUGGUGAUAAAACUAAUAAAACAAACAAAUCAAAUGUGUUAAAAAAAUCUGAAGAAGGAAAACCCGAAUUGGUUAAAUCAAAUAUAAUUAAACCUCCAGAACAUCAACAAAGAAUCAAAAGAGAUAUUUCUAAUAAACAAGAAGGAGAAGAGGAAGGAGAAUAUGAGACAGUAUUGUUAUUAAAAACUAAUCACAACACUCUGAAAUGUGAAAUAAAAAGUAAUAAAACGAUACACUUUGAAAAACCUAAAUCAAUUGCAUCCUUAUUAGGUUUUGAGAAGAAAAAAUUAUCAGCUUUUCAAACACAUGAAUCCAAAUAUCCGAUAAACAUUAAUAAAGUUAAUUCAAUUUGCAUUGACUGUAAUAUCGUUAGAAAUUCUUAUAAUAAUAAUAAAUCUGUACAUACAGUACAUAUGUUUUUUCCUAGGGUACCACCAGGUUAUAAAAUUAUUCAGGUACCUACCAAUGUUAUCUAUUUACCAAUCAAUACUAAGUAUAUUGAUGAAAUUGUUAUUAAAAUAGUGGAUCAAGAUGGGAAUCUUAUCAAUUUUAAACAAGAAGUUGUAACAGUAAGACUUCAUUUAAGAAAAGUUUGA